AUGCAAGGCUCAUACAAGAACAACGGUCUUCCCAGACCGUAUUACAUGAAACCGCACUCCAAACGAACGUCGGCCUACGAGAAGAUGCCCCAGCAGUUCUUCUUGACGAAUUCUAGAAAGUUGACAGGCUACAUAGUGAUGCUUUUCUUGUUUGGACUUUGCAUUUUCAUGAUUUCUCAAGAACUUAAGGCAAAGCCAGACCCGUCAUACGAGUUGGUCGAUCCGCUUGAAAUUCAGAAAGAAAAUAAUGGUGAUGUUGGUCAACUCGUCGAUUCUUCGAAGAUGGAGGAUCUUGCUGACGAAAAAGCAGCAUUGGCAAGUAAGGAGAAGAAUAUGGUUGUUGAAGCUCCAAAAGGUGGCAUGGUGAAUGAAGAGCAUCUUGUUGGCAAUGACGAAGGACUAGUUGUUGAUGGUAAACCAAGCAACAAUAAGGACACCGGUAAGAUUAGUGGCGGGGGCGUGCAAGCUGCUCGUGGAGGAGAUCAAAUUGCUUCCCCUGAAGAGCCUUCUAACGAUCGAGAUUUGCUGAAACUUCUUGAAAUAUCAGAAAAUGCUCAAAACCCAGGCGGUGUCCCAAGAGGCAGCACAUAA